AUGGACGCAGUGACACAGGCGCCUGAUGCUCAGUCUACAGAAGCGGAUGAGACGACCAUUGGUCAGUUCGAUUCGCCCGCGCAUAUUCCGACCUGCCAGACAAAAGUACAUGUCGCCGAGAAGACAGACAGUAGAUCAGUACCAGGCUCGCCUAUCGAGGAUUUCUCAUUCAGGCAAGAGCAGCAUGCUGCGUCCUUGCAGCGCCCUCUGACUCGCAAAGACAAUAACGACACGGGGCAAGGAUCUGCAUCAUCAGAUGCACGCAGAUCGCACGAGUCAUCGAGCCCAUCACGCAAGAGAGCGCGCUUGCAAAUUGACGAGCUCAGCUACGCGACUAUCACGGGCGAUACGCAGACCGCUACUUUUGAUGUGACGUCGCUCUUACCCCUCGACCGGCCUGCGCCGCAGUCGAGUCCUGCGAUUCCUCAGCAGCAAGCGGACAGUCCGUCUGCUCCAACAUCUACGUCAAGUUGCUCAAAGGGCGAUAGUCAUCUCGGUCUCCCCGCCUCCUCGCAGGCUCCGCAGCCUAGCGCUUCGCUCGCAAGUGUCGAUCUCACACCAAUUGCUGCGCAUGAUCGCGACAUCAUCACACUUGGUAGCUCGCCUGAGCUAUCGCCCAAAAGCAUCUUUGGCCGACAGGUCAUCAAACAGGAGAAAACGAGCCCGCGCAAGCUCUUGCUGACAAGCCAAUCUCGCACGUCGCCGUAUCAUGCCGAGCGUAUCUUGAAGCCGUUUGCUUGGCGAUCAGGUCGCAACCUGGAAGUCAAGCGGAAAAGCAAACGAAUUUUUGCACACGAUUCUUGGGAUUCACCGGACAUUAGUCCUCGCGCUGCUACUCAAACCAGCUUUGAUGGCAACGAGCACUUCGAUGGGCAAGCAGGGGAACGACCAGAAGUAUCGCAUUCCUUCACUGCUCCUGUUGCAAGUCAGGCAUCGCCUGUUAGACCGGUCCCACGCAAAGCGGCAAGUGCAGCGCCCGAUCCCGAACGAAGCUCUGGCGAAACUCGUAGACCUGCAAGAAGGUCUGCGCGACUUAGAAGGCCUAGCCGAGAGCGUCCUUCCACAGAUGACUCAUCGCAUGCCCAACCGGCUGAAGACACUGAGAUAGCUGUACCUGCGGCAGAUCGAAAGUGCAGCGCGAUCGAGGCGAUCUCUGCUGAGUCUGAGAACAGUAGGCCGCAUGAGGGAGAUGGGAUAGGUCAGGUACGACUGCACGAGAAGCCCUCCUCUGUCCAACAGGAUCUUCAAGAAGCACGUCAGCCAACGCCAGAGACCGCACUCGACUACCAGACUUGCCGACAAUCUGUUGAUCAGCCCAAGCAGAUGGUACGGCAAUACCAAGAGUAUAGGGGCCAAAAGGGGAAGCGGCAAGCACGAGUAUUCGAGAAUUUCGUGUUCGUGCUUUGCUUACCGGACCAACUGAGGAAGCAAAUGGAGACUCGCAUCACGCUUCAUGGAGGCAAAGUCUGGUCAGAUGUGUCGUCUCUCUGUGACACUGCAGUCUCUGUCUCUCAAUCUCGAGCAACAAACUCGCCCAGACAAGAACAACACUCAUUCGAGGGCAUCUUCUGCGUUGGUCAAUCACCACCCGCUCGGACGCCAGACUUUGUGCGCUGCUUGGCUCUCAUGAUCCCUUGUGUACGUCACACCUGGGUAGAAAGAUGCACGCAGAGCAACAGCAUGCGACCUUGGUACCUUGAAGGCUCACUCGGCAGCGGCUAUUCGACUACGCGCGAUUGUCAAGUUGCUGGCCUGCAGAUGUGCGCUUCCCUCGAUCCCGAUUGGCUUGCGAUUCGAGCAGCAUGCUCUGGAGCCGCUCUCAUCUUCAGCGGCUUGGUUACGGCUUGCUACUGCAACAGCCCAGACAGUGCAGAGAACAAGCUCGCGCGACAGCUCCUAUUCACGCUUGGAUGCACGUACAGUAGGAUUGUCACGGCAGAUGACGAGGAUGCGCAGCUGCAAGGUUACGACUUUGUCGUGCUUUGUGACAUCACAGAAGACGCGCUCACCCCGGCACAGCGCCAGUCCAGUCGCUUGAUCAAGCUCGAUGAUCUCUACGAAUGCGUCAUUGUUGGCGGCCCACCUCAUGAAGUGCUCCGGAAUCUGUACUAA